AUAAAAAAAAAGACCUCUCUCUUGCUUCCUAAUAAUUUCCCAAACGCAAUCUCGUCGUUACACAGAAUACAUUAUGCAAGCCAUGUUCGUUAGCAUUUAGCAGUAGCACCACAGAAAACCACUGAUUCAAGCACUUAUUCCACCCAAUUUCUAUCGUCUCCUUCAAAUUCCUACUGUUUUCUUCACAAAUCGGAGCCGCAGAAUUCUGUACAAUGGCUCCGAUUUCUCUGCAACUCACCCCCUUCAUUUCCCCACUACUCCACCGCCGCCGCAAUCUCAGCCUCCGCAGACCCCCAAUUCCCAGUCUCUCGCCGCCCAAGCUCCCCAGAUCACUUCCCGUCCGAUCGGUUCAUCGAAAUAACGAACACCCAUCUCCGUCGCAUCCGCGAAAAUCCACUGGUUUGGACGAUUUUCUUUCCACGGCCGCGAGUCUCUACCCUCUCUAUGUGACGGCCGGCGGCAUUGUUGCUUGUCUGAAACCGUCGACCUUCUCGUGGUUUGUGCAGAGAGGGCCCGCUUCGUAUAGCUUUUCUCUUGGUUUGAUUAUGUUGGCCAUGGGACUUACUCUAGAGCUUAAGGAUUUGUUUAAUUUGUUCAUGCAAAGACCUCUUUCUAUAUUGUUUGGAUGUGUAGCUCAGUACACGAUUAUGCCGGCUUCAGCAGCCCUCAUCGGAAAAUUUUUCGGGCUGUCGCCAUCACUUUUGGUCGGUUUGAUCUUGCUUGGAUGUUGCCCUGGAGGGACUGCCUCCAAUGUGGUAACCUUAAUUGCUCAAGGCGACGUUCCUUUGUCUAUUGUAAUGACAGUAUGCACAACGCUAGGAGCUGUAAUUUUCACUCCCUUUCUGACAAAAAUACUAGCAGGAGCUUACAUUCCAGUUGACGCUGCACAGCUUUCUCUCAGCACCCUUCAGGUGGUGGUAGCUCCUAUUCUGUUAGGUUCUUGCUUGCAGAAGGCAUUUCCUUCGCUGGUGAAAUUGGUGUUACCAUUUGCACCACUUGUUGCUGUAUUAACUUCCUCACUGCUGGCUUGCAGUGUCUUUUCGGAGAACGUCGCUCGUUUCAAAUCGUCAAUGGUUAUUGCCACAUUAGCCUCUGAUGCUUCUCUAUGGACGGUCCUCCAAAGUAUAUUAUCAGGAGAGUUGGGAGUAGUUAUACUUUCGGUGUUUUGUUUACACUUUGCUGGUUUCUUCGUUGGCUAUAUAACAGCUGCUAUCGGUGGGUUUCGAGAACGAGAACGAAGAGCUAUAUCCAUUGAGGUUGGGAUGCAGAAUUCAUCACUAGGAGUUAUUUUGGCAACCUCACAUUUCAGUUCAGCAAUGGUGGCAUUGCCCCCAGCAAUGUCAGCUGUUAUAAUGAACAUAAUGGGAAGCACUCUUGGAUUUUGUUGGAGAUAUAUUGAACCUUCUGAUGAAGUGAAAACCAGUGCUAAUGCCAAGUGAAAUUCUUGUCCUUUUUUUGCAUUUAACUUAUAUCUUGUUUCCAAAUGUAAAAAAGUACUAAAAAAAAAAUACAGUACAUUUGUUCUUUAAAUUCAUAAUAGAAUCCCCAUACCAAUUUAAGGGUCA